UUGCUCAUCAUCGUUAUGUAUAUAUAAUGUGGUUGAGUGAGUGGAGUGAAAGCCAUUAACAAAUUAAAUAUUCCACUGAAAAUGGGAAUUAGAUACCAAAACGUUGCUGCAUGCGCAGUACUGGUACUUGUGAUGGCUGAAAUUGCAGGCAUUUGUGCAAAUUCAAGUACUACUCUGCACUCUCCAUGUCUUGAAAGAGAGAGGCAAGCUCUUGUGAAGUUCAAAGCAUCCCUGACUGAUUCAUCAAACAUGCUUUCCUCAUGGCAUGGCGAUGACUGCUGCCGAUGGGAAGGGAUCGGCUGCGACAAUGUUACCGGUCACGUUGUCAUGCUUGAUCUCGCCACUCCUGUGGAGAAAUGCCAGAGUAGAUCCAUGUUGAAAGAAGAAUAUUGGUUAAGAAGUCAUGACGAGAACAACUGUUUCCUUUUACAUAAUCAAUAUUUAGAAGCUCAGGAUGUUAAUUCAUCGCUGCUGGAACUGGAAUACUUGACUCAUUUGGACUUGAGUGGAAAUCACUUCUAUCAGAGUCUCAUACCCAUGUUCAUUGGUUCUAUGCGACGCCUGAGGUAUUUGUCCCUCGCUGAUGCUGGUUUUGGCGGGAGAAUACCCAGCAAUCUUGGAAAUCUCACCAACCUCCACUUUCUUGAUCUGAGUUGGAAUGAAUUUUCACCGGCCAGCAACAUCAAUUGGAUUUCUCAACUGUCAUUGCUGGAGCACCUCGACCUAAGCCGUGCUUACAGUUCGUUACAGGUUAAUUUUAUUAACCUCACCAAACUUCAAUUCCUAAGUCUUGCCGGCAAUGAACAUACAGUGUCAAUUUUCGAUGCUUUACAAAACAUGACAUCAUCAUCACUUGUGCAUCUUGAUCUUGGUUGGAACAAUAUUGCUUCAAUUCCAUCUUGGUUUGGCAAAUUCAAGAAACUUGAGUUUCUUGAUCUCUCAGAGUGUUGGUUUCAUGGUUCAAUUCCAAAUGCUUUACAAGAUUCAACUACCAUUGAAUUAUUGAACCUUUCGGGGAACGAAUUUGAGUCUCUUCCAUCCUGGUUUCACAAGUUUAAGAAAAUUAAGCAUCUUUUUCUUUCAUUUAAUAACUUCCGGGGUCUGAUUCCUGAUGCUUUACAAAACAUGACUACCAUUGAGUCCCUUGACCUUUCUCGCAACACUUUCACUUCAGUUCCAUCUUGGUUUGUUGAGUUAAAAACACUUGUCUACCUUGAUCUUUCAUUUAAUGAAUUAAGAUCCAUGGAAUGUUCCAUUUCAUCUAUUUUAAAAAAUAUGUGUCACCUAAAAAGGUUAUAUUUAACAGGAAAUAGACUCCGAAAAGAUUCCAUUGGAAACAAUGAUUUGUCUACCUGCAUGAGACAUGAUUUAGAGAAUCUUGAUUUAGGUGGAAAUAGAUUUAAUGCUCAUUUGCCAUCUUGGUUAGGACAACUUGAAAAUCUAGGCAACCUUUAUCUUGAAGGAAACCUUUUUUAUGGUAUCUUUCCAUCUUCUUUUGGAAAAUUACUGAAAUUGAAAAAUUUAUAUCUAUCUAACAACAAGUUAGAAGGAGGCCUUCCAGAUUCCCUGGGACAACUAGUAAAUUUACAAGUUGUCGAUUUUUCAAAUAAUUUUUUUAAUGGAACCAUCAGUCAAAAUCUUGGACAACUAGUAAAUUUAAAAGUUCUUGAUGUCUCAAAUAAUUAUUUGAAGGGAACCAUUCCUCAAAGUCUUGGCCAACUUGUAAAUUUAUAUGUUCUUGAUGUCUCAAAUAAUUAUUUGAAGGGAACCAUUCCUCAAAGCCUUAGCCAACUUAUAAAUUUAUAUGUUCUUAAUGUUUCAAAUAAUUAUUUAACGGGAAUCAUUCCUCAAAGUCUUGGCCAACUUGAAAAUUUACAAGUUCUUGAUCUCUCAAAUAAUUAUUUGAUGGGAACCAUUCCUACAAAUCUUGAUCAACUUGUAAAUGUAACUAGCCUUCAUUUUUCAAAUAAUUUUUUAAAUGGCUCCAUUCCAAAGGGACUUAAUCAACUUGUAAAUCUGCAUACACUUGAUCUUUCAAGGAAUAAACUAGAUGGGAGAAUUUGUAUUGAUUUUCAAAAACUUGUGAAACUAUCAUACUUGGAUCUAUCAUCAAAUAAAUUGGAUGGAACCAUUGCAGCGGAAGAAAGGUGGCCUUUGAUUAUCUCAGAAGUGUCGUAUUUGAAUCUCUCCCAUAAUCAAAUGAGUGGCUCGCUUCCUGAACAUAUUGGUCAUAUAAUGCCCAAUUUGAAGUACUUGCUUCUUGGAAAUAACCUCAUAAAUGGUUCAAUUCCAAAAUCAUUAUGCCAAAAUGACCUGUUGAGUAUCCUUGACCUUUCAAAGAACAGGCUAUCUGGUAAAAUCCCCAAUUGUUGGAAGGAUAACAAAGCAUGGGAAGAAAUAAAUUUGUCAUCCAACAAACUCUCAGGUACUUUUCCAAGCUCAUUUGGGAAUCUUUCCUCUUUAUCAUGGUUGCAUUUGAAUAACAAUAGCCUUCAUGGAGAGUUUCUAGCGUCUGUGACAAAUUUACCACAGUUGUUGAUAAUGGAUCUCGGAGAGAAUCAACUUUCUGGCACCAUUCCAUCAUGGUGGACUGCUAACACAUUUUCCUCACUACAAAUUCUAAGGUUGCGAAAUAACAUGUUGAGCGGUAGCAUUCCUUCACAAAUAUGCCAACUAUUAUCGCUUAAAAUCCUGGAUCUUUCUCGCAACAAUUUAAACGGUCCAAUACCUUGGUGUAUAGGCAAUCUUCGAGGAAUGACUCUUAAGAGUCCCACUUUGUCUCCUACUUCACCAGUUGCUGGGUAUCCCACUUUGCCUCUUGCUUCAAUUGUUAAUGUAGGUCGUUUUUUGUCUCGCACUCCAUCUCAUUUGUCUCCGCCUCCACCAUUUUUGUCUCCUCCUCCACCUCCACCUCCACCUCUACCUCCACCUCCACCUCCAUCUCUACCUCCACCUCCCCCUCCAUCUCCUCCUGACACUCCAAAAGAUUGGCAAACUGAGGAUGUCAUAGAAGUCAUGGAAGGAAGAGAACUUGACUACAUAAAAAUCUUGAAGCUUGUAGUCAUCAUGGAUUUGUCCGAGAAUAAUUUGGUUGGCUCCAUUCCUAUAGGAAUAACCAUGCUCAAUGGAUUGCUUGGCUUGAAUCUAUCAAACAAUCAUUUGACGGGAGAGAUCCCUGAGAUGAUAGAGAAUAUGAAAUCACUUGAAUCCUUUGAUGUUUCAAGUAACCAACUCUCAGGCACAAUUCCAAGCAACAUGCCAGCUUUAACAUCACUAAGUCAUUUAAACUUGUCAUAUAAUAACUUCUCUGGACCAAUUCCCACAGAUAAUCAGUUUUUAACUUAUGAUUCAUCGAGUUAUGCUGGCAACCCAUAUCUUUGUGGAUUUCCUCUACCCAACAAAUGUGGUUAUUCACACCAAGUUUAUGGGGGAAGUGAAUUUGAAGAUGAAGACAGCAACUUAGAUAAGUGGGAAAAGUGGUUGUUCUACUUUGUGAUUGCAAUUGGCUUUGCAACUGGGUUUUGGGGAGUUAUUGGGACUUUGUGGUUCAAGAAAACUUGGAGGCAUGCUUACUUCAGAUGGGUGGAAGAUUUAGCCGACACGAUCUAUGUCACAACUGCAAUAAGAAUGGCAAAAUUGAAGAAGUGGAUGAUGAUGAGAAACCGUGUUGUUAUUCCUAACAAUGGAGUGAAAGCAACUAACACAUUAAACAUCGUCAAUAAUAUGUUUUAUAUGCCACUGAAAAUGAAAUUUAGAUACCAAAAUGUUGCUGCAUGUGCAGUACUGGUACUUGUGAUGGUGAUGGCUGAAAUUGCACAAAUUUGUGCAAAUUCAAGUACUACUCUGCACUCUCCAUGUCUUGAAAGAGAGAGGCAAGCUCUUUUGAAGUUCAAAGCAUCCCUGACUGAUUUGUCAAACCUGCUUUCCUCCUGGCAUGGCCAUGACUGCUGCCGAUGGAAAGGGAUCGGCUGCGACAAUGUUACCGGUCACGUUGUCAUGCUUGAUCUUACCACUCCUUAUGUGAAAUGCUUGAGAUCCAUGAGUGACGACUACGAUUAUGGCCUUUUACACAAUCGAUAUUUAGAAGCUGUGAAUGUUGUUUAUUCAUCGCUGCUGGAAUCCAUGAGGCACGACCACGACUGUGGCCUUUUAUACAAUAAAUAUCUAAAAGCUGGGAAUGUUAAUUCGUCCCUACUGGAACUGGAAUACUUGACUCAUUUGGACUUGAGUGGAAAUGAGUUCUAUCAGAGUCCCAUACCGAUGUUCAUUGGUUCUAUGCAACGCCUCAGGUAUUUGUCCCUCUCUGAAGCUGGUUUUGGCGGGAGAAUACCCAGCAAUCUUGGAAAUCUCACCAACCUCCACUUUCUUGAUCUGAGUGAGAAUGAAUUUUCACGAGACAGCAACAUCAACUGGAUUUCUCAACUGCCAUUGCUGGAACACCUUGAUAUGAGCUCUAUUUACAAUGAGUAUCAGGUUAAUAUUAAUCUCACCAUCAGUGCUCCUAAUCUUCACUUCCUAAGUCUUGCCGCCAAUGGACUUAGUGUGUCAAAUUUGGAUGCUUUACAAAACAUGACAUCUCUUGUGCAUCUUGAUCUUGGUUGGAACAAUCUUGCUUCAGUUUCAUCUUGGUUUGGCAACUUUAAGAAACUUGAGUAUCUUGAUCUUUCACGGUGUGGGCUUCAUGGCCCAAUUCCAAAUGCUUUUCAAAAUGCAACUUCCAUUGAAUUUUUGGACCUUACUGAGAAUAAUUUUGACUCUCCUCCAUCCUGGCUUCACAAGUUUGAGAAACUCAAGUAUCUUUCUCUCUCAUCUAAUAAUUUCCAAGAUACAAUUCCGGAUGCUUUACAAAAUAUGACUAGCAUUGUGGUCCUUGACCUUUCUGACAAUUCUUUCACUUCAGUUCCAUCUUGGUUUAUUGAGUUAAAAAAACUUGUCUAUCUCGAUCUUUCAAGUAAUAAAUUAACAUUCAUGGAAUUUUCCAUUUCAUAUAUUUUGAAAAAUAUGUGUCACCUAAAAACAUUAAAUAUAGGAGGAAACAAACUCCGAAAAGAAUUCAUUGGAAACAGUGAUUUGUCUACCUGCAUUAGACAUGAUUUGGAGAAUCUUGAUUUGUGUGAAAAUGAAUUUAACGAUCAUUUGCCAUCUUGGUUAGGACAACUUAAAAAUCUAGGCAACCUUGAUCUCCAAGAUAAUUUUUUUUAUGGUCCCAUUCCCUCUUCUUUUGGAAAAUUACUGAAAUUGAAAAAUUUAUAUCUAUCCAACAACAAGUUAGAAGGGGGCCUUCCUGAUUUCAUGAGACAACUUGUAAAUUUACGGGUAGUCGAUCUUUCAAAUAAUUCACUUAAUGGAACGAUUCCUCAAAAUAUUGAGCAACUUGUAAAUUUACAAGAUUUUGAUAUCUCAAAUAAUUAUUUAAAGGGAAUUAUUCCUCAAAAUCUUGAGCAACUUGUAAAUUUACAAGAUUUUGAUAUCUCAAAUAAUUAUUUAAAGGGAAUUAUUCCUCAAAAUCUUGAGCAACUUGUAAAUUUGCAAUAUUUUGAUGUCUCAAAUAAUUAUCUGACGGGAUCCAUUCCUUCGAGUCUUGGUCAACUUAUAAAUCUAACUAAUCUUGAUUUGUCAAAUAAUAAUUUAAAAGGAAUCAUCCCUCCAAGUCUUAACCAACUUGUAAAUCUUAAUAGGCUUGAUCUUUCAAGGAAUAAACUAGAUGGGAGAAUUUGUAUUGAUUUUCAAAAACUUGUGAAUCUAUUCAACCUAGAUCUGUCUUCAAACAAUUUGAAUGGACCCAUUACAGUGGAAGAAAGCAGGCUUUUGCUUCUCUCGGAAAUGGAGUAUUUGAAUCUCUCAAAUAAUCAAAUCAGUGGGUCACUUCCUGAACAUAUUGGUCAUAUAAUGCCCAAUUUGGGGUCCUUGAUUCUUGGAAAUAACCUCAUAAAUGGUUCAAUUCCAAAUUCAUUGUGCCAACUUGAUUAUUUGAGUAUCCUUGACCUUUCAAAGAACAGACUAUCUGGAAAAAUUCCCAAUUGUUGGAAGGAUAACAAAGCAUGGAAAGAAAUAAAUUUGUCAUCUAACAAACUCUCAGGGGCUGUUCCAAGCUCACUUGGAAAUCUUUCAUAUCUAUUUUGGUUGCAUUUGAACAAUAACAAUCUUCAAGGAGAGUUUCUAGCAUCUGUGAGAAAUUUGACACAGUUGUUGAUUAUGGAUCUCGGAGAGAAUCAGUUUUCUGGCACCAUCCCAUCAUGGACUGCUAACAUCUUUUCUUCACUACAAAUUCUAAGAUUGAGGCAAAACAUGCUAAGUGGUAGUAUUCCUUCACAGAUAUGUGAACUAUCAUCUCUUAAAAUAUUGGACCUUUCCCGCAACAAUUUAAAUGGUUCAAUACCUUGGUGCAUACGCAAUCUUCGAGGAAUGACUCUUCAAGUUCCCACUUUGCCUCCUACUUCGCCUGUUGCUGAGGUUCCCGCUUUGCCUCCUCCUAUAUUUGUUGAGGCAUCCGCAUCUUUCUAUGAAUCUUCUCGUAAGUCUCGUGAAAAAGAUUGGCAAGGUGAGGUUGUCAAAGAAGUCGUGAAAGGAAGAGAACUUGACUACAUAAGAAUCUUGAAGCUUGUAGUCAUCAUGGAUUUGUCCCAGAAUAAUUUGGUUGGCUCCAUUCCGAAAGGAAUAACAUCGCUCGAUGGAUUGCAUAGCUUGAAUCUAUCAAACAAUCAUUUGAUUGGAAAGAUCCCUAACAUGAUAGGGGAUAUGAGAUCACUUGAAUCUUUUGAUGUUUCAAGUAACCAACUCUCGGGUACAAUUCCAAGCAGCAUGUCAGCCAUAACCUCACUAAGUCAGUUAAAUUUGUCACACAAUAACUUCUCUGGACCAAUUCCCACGGGUAACCAGUUUUUAACUUUUAAUCCAUCCAGUUAUGCUGGCAACCCAUAUCUCUGUGGAUUUCCUCUACCCAACAAAUGUGGUUAUUCACAUCAAGUUAAUGGGACCAUUGAAUUUGAAGAUGAAGACAGCAAAACAGAUAAGUUGGAAAAGUGGUGUUUCUACUUUGUCAUUGCAAUUGGCUUUGCAACUGGGUUUUGGGGAUUUAUUGGGACUCUGUGGUUCAAGAAAACUUGGAGGCAUGCUUACUUCAGAUGGGUGGAAGAUUUAGCCGACGAUCUAUGUCACAACUGCCAUAAGAAUGGCAAAAUUGAAGAAGUGGAUGAUGAUGAGAAGCCGUGUUGUUGCUUGAUCAUGUAUUCAUGUGUGUGUUUUUAUUUUUAUUUUGAAGAAUCAAAAGUGGAAAUAAAUGAAGGAAAGUGAAUGAUGUUUGAUGCAUGUAUGAAUGUAUGUGUUUGCAUGAAUUUGUAAUAGAGUUUGUCAUUUGAUGUUUAAUCUCCUGAAGAACCUCUGCAUAAAACAGAACAACAUAACUAACAAAGUUGUAUAUUGAAGUUGAGUUAAUAGCUCGCUUCUGCAAUUCA